AUGCCUGACCAGGUUUGGGAUAUAUCCAGAAUACCCGGCGGAUGGUUGAACGCCAAUACCCAGAUAUUCAAGAACUAUCAUGAAGUAAAGCGUACAAUGUCAUCGAGUGCUGGCUUGGGACUCCACAUAUUUAAAGGAGCCUUCUCGGCUAGCGGAUCGUACUCGCGGUCUCAGCACACCAUUACAAAUUCCUCCAAGUACAUAGAGGAGGUCUCGUCCUACAGUUCGGCUGUUCGGGUCGAUCUUCACAUGCCCUGGGCCCUAAACAUCAGCAGAAAUGCUAAGUCAUUCAUCGACAGACUUCUUAAUUCAGAGUUCAACGCCAAUACGGCGUCAUCGUACUUCCAGUUUAUACGAUACUUUGGCACACACCUGUUCCAGUCUGCUAAUUUUGGAGGAAUUAUUAAGCUACACCUGGAGACGUCGUCUGACUAUUACAAAGGCAAGUCUACGAGAGACGUGAAGACUCAGGCAGAGGCAUCGUUCCUGAAGAUCCUGUCUGUUAACGGCGGAUACCAGGGUAGCAACACCCGAGUGGACUAAACAUAAAGACAGAAAACUACAGAAACUAUAAGAUAUUAUGGAGGAGACACAAAACUAUUAGCCGGUAAUGGAAUUCCAACAUGGCAACCGACAGUUUCAGCAAAUCCGUGGCUCUUCUCAGGGGAGCUAAUUCCCAUCAGCGAAUUCAUCCAGGAUGACGCGAAACGAGCAUCAAUGUAACGGGCAGUCGCUGCCCACGUGAACAAAGCGUAUCUGCGCGAGCUGAUGAGAAU